CCUGUGGGCUGCAGUAGGACCCAUGUCACCAGUAAACGGAAAACAUUCACCAUGGAAGCGUUUUUUUCCAACAAAAUAAUCAGUCGGAACAAUGGAAAUGUCAUUAUCAAAAACAAAGGAAUGCACUUCAAUAAUUUACUGAAUCAAUGUUGUCUUCGAAAUACUAAAAGGUAAUUGCGUUUUAUUCAACAUGGAAAGAUAAGCCUAAUAGAAAGUAAUGUACAGUCAGUACCUGUAAUCUGGGCAAAAUUAUUUGGUGCCAGACCUGUAACUGACUAGUUAUGAGGUGAAUUACCUGCCAGCCCAAUUUGGACUGCAAGAACAUUUAUCUAAAAAUAUAAUCUCACUGUUUUUUGACCUGAAGACGAUUUACGGACUCAUGACUUUAAAGUUAUUAUUUAUUCGAUAUAAGGUACCAGUUAGAUAUUGAGUAUUACUUUCUCCUUGUCCUCUAUAACCUGAAUGUAGAUAUAAUUUCUUAAAGCUGUGUCUUGAACUGUGUCACAAACUGAACGUGUUACAUGGGGCUUUGAGGUCAUCAGACGGCAUCAGAUUGGAGGAUGGACUAAUCGUGAAAAGCAGUGUUGAUUGAUUGAAAUUACUUGGGCUGCUCCUGGAAUUAUGUUAUUGUGACCUAUGUGAUUUUUUUUUGGGGGGGAGGGGGUAAGUUGGGGUGGUUGGUUUUCUGGGCAGUGGUUACAUUAAUCUGGCAUGGUGCAUAGGUUUUGAGAAAAUGAUGGAUGUGUGUGGGCUGAUGACUCAAAUUUAGUCAGAGAAGGGUUGAUGCAAUAUGACAACAUUACAGUAUUACAUCUCACAUACAGUGUAUGAAAUAAUUACAAAAUAAUUAUGAUUACAUGCAUUGUAAACCACCACAAUGAAUGUAUAUGCUUGGCGCUGAUUGUAGAAGCUAUAGAAAUCGUUCUGUUUUAGGUACAUGUGCCUAGUCCUAGUAGAAGGCUAUCUCUCCUGAUGUAAGUUUAUACAUUUCCUGUGUAAACAGAAGCAGUGUGAAUAUUUAGCUGAAGUACACUUUUAAUAAUGAUUGUUUAAAUAUACUGUAAAAUUAUCAUAAGUUGGAAAAUAUAGUCAUUGGCUACUGUUCUUAUAAAUAAUUAUUUCUAUUAAAUUAGAGAAAAAGCUGUGCAAGAGUGGCACAGUUACGCAAGUACACAUAGAAAUCCAAGACUGGCACAGUUUAUGCAAGUACACAUAGAAAUCCAAGACUGGCAUAGUUUCCCCUCAGAUUUUGCAUGUGCUUUUGGGAUCUGUGACAGGUGGUGAAAUGCAGCCCUAAUAUAGAUCAUAAACUCAUACCCCCACCACCACACCACUAAUCAGAGAUUACAAACACGUGUGUUAUGGCCACAGGUACUGUAUAAGCAGGAAGUUGCACUUUCAGCCUAUGAACUGCUUCCUCUUGCUGACUUGGUGUGGUGUACUUUCCCAACAUGGCCACACACAGUCGUUGUUCCUCCUGAUAACAAUGGGUAGAGGGGAGAAUAGAGCCAUUGGUACCUAUGCUCCCACUUUAGCCUCCUGUGUCUACCCAUGAGAACAUAUCCAUCAGCUUGCCCAUAUCCCAACUUAGCCCACAAACUCUUAGUGUAAAAUAUCUAUUCUGAUCCAGGAUCAGCUGCUAAGAACAUACUGCACACUGAAAACUCUGACCGCCUGAAAGCCAGUGACUCAAGAGAUCGUUUGUGGAUGACUCAUCGACCAAAAGCCAGCAUUUUAAAAACAGUAGCAUCAGUGUGUUAGUGAAUUUAAAAGUAUUGUUGCCUCUUUUGUUGUCUUAUAACCACUGAUGAAUUAUGUAAAUGUGUGCAUGUGUAAGAAUUAGACUUAAAAAUUAUUUUUAUUGUUUAUGUAUUCAGGAGACUAUUUAAUAAUGAAACACUUUAUCAUGCAUAUAGUUUAUUUUAAGGUGACCGUGUUUGCCAGGCCCAGUACCUCCCCACAGUGAAUGUGUUUGUGGUUCAUUGUAAAGCUGCUCUGUAUUGGUCGGUAGCAAUAAAUCAGUUUUGUAUGGUGAACGCUGUACAGACAAUACUGUCAGCAAGCGCUACCAGAAAUAAAUGCGUCUUUGGAGUCAGACACCAAUCUUCAUCUCCCCUGUUUUGUGUGUGGGAUGGAGUAUGAGAGAUGGAGAACAUGUGCUGCCCUUUCACCUUUGAAAUGCAACUACACUCUAGAAGACCAAAGCAGGAAUGGACAAAUUAGCCCUUUUGGAAAAAAACUGCUCAUUAAAAAACUCCACAAGCAGUAAUACAAGCUUCGGAUUAUAUUUUAAUUCAUGCUAUAGUCCUACGAUACUUGUUUGUUGAGCAUAACCCUACAUGACUAUGUCCUCACGCGACGUGCUUUUCUGUUGUUUCCUUCAAGCUGACAAUAAAGCACUUAAACUUUAACCAUGUGUAAAAUUGCACAAUGUGCCAGCAAUCAGUGGAGUUUGAUCCACGGCUCAAAAGCGUGACCUCACAAAUACAGGGAUGAAAAUUCUAGAAGCGUUUCCUGGCGAGGUGAAUGCUCGGAAUUAAACCCGAGCGAUGCCAAUUAUCAGGGCAGAGAUGAGACACUGAAAAUCAUCCCACAAGCAAGAGGUUGGAGACUGAUGCUUGGGUUUGUGUUAGGCUGUUGUGUCACAUACCAGCACACUCCUUUGGACCCAUUUCCUACGAUUGUGACCUUUGACCCUUGACCCAAUGGAGACCCACACCACCACCCCCUUUCCCACCCCCACCCAGAAUGCAACAGCGGUCCCCAAUUUUCUGGCACCUUCUGACAUUGUGGUGUUAGUCCUGUACUUUGUGUUUGUGAUGGCUGUGGGACUGUGGUCAAUGUGGAAGACCAAGAGGAGCACUGUGGAUGGGUAUUUCCUUGCUGGGAAGAACAUGGUUUGGUGGCCGGUGGGAGCGUCGCUCUUCGCCAGCAACGUGGGAAGCGGCCACUUCAUCGGGCUGGCCGGGUCGGGGGCCGCCUCCGGCAUCGCCGCCACCGCCUACGAGUGGAACGGCAUGCUGAUCGUGCUGCUGCUAGGCUGGGUCUUCCUCCCCAUCUACAUCGCCUCACGGGUGACAACAAUGCCAGAAUAUUUGCAGAGGCGAUUUGGGGGGAAGAGGAUCCAGAUGUAUAUUGCCGUUUUGUACUUAUUUAUUUAUAUCUUUACAAAAAUAUCGGUGGAUCUGUACGCAGGAGCGGUGUUCAUCCAGCAGGCUCUGCGCUGGAACCUGUACCUGGCUGUGGUUCUGCUGCUGGUCAUCACCGCCGUCUACACUGUGGCAGGUGGUCUGGCGGCUGUGAUUUACACGGACACCCUGCAGACCGUCAUCAUGCUGAUAGGAGCCAUAAUCCUCACGGGAUUCAGUUUCGCGGAGGUCGGGGGCUGGGAUGCCCUCCUGGAGAAGUACCCGGAGGCGAUCCCCGAAAUAAGAGACCCCAACACCACCUGCGGCAUCCCUCGCGCCGACGCCUUCCGGCUGUUCCGUGACCCCGUGACCUCUGAUCUCCCCUGGCCAGGGGUCAUAAUUGGGAUGACUAUCCCCUCCAUCUGGUACUGGUGCACAGAUCAGGUGAUUGUUCAGCGAUCUCUGGCAGCUAAGAACCUGCUCCACGCCAAGGGCGGUUCCCUGCUGGCCUCCUACCUGAAGAUCAUGCCUUUCUUUAUCAUGCUUCUGCCUGGGAUGAUCAGCAGGAUACUCUUCACGGAUGAGGUGGCGUGUGCGGAUCCUGACAUAUGCAACGAGGUGUGUGGGAACCCUGUUGGGUGCACAGACAUCGCGUACCCAAAACUAGUGAUGGAGCUCCUACCCUCAGGUCUGAGGGGUUUGAUGAUGGCAGUGAUGUUAGCAGCUCUAAUGUCCUCCCUCACGUCCAUCUUUAACAGCUCCAGCACCAUUUUCACUAUGGAUGUGUGGAAAAGCCUGCGCCACGGUGCCAGCGAAUGGGAGCUGAUGAUUGUGGGCAGGGUGUUUGUGCUGGUUCUGGUGGUUGUGUCGGUGUUGUGGAUCCCACUGAUCCAGGCUGCGCAGGGAGGACAGCUCUUCAUCUACAUACAGUCCAUCAGCUCGUACCUGCAGCCGCCUGUCUGCAUGGUAUUCAUGGCCGGAUGCUUCUGGAAGAGGACCACUGAGAUGGGGGCCUUCUGGGGCCUGAUCGUGGGCCUGUUCAUGGGCUGCGUGCGGCUGGUCCUGGACUUCGUGUACCCCAUCCCGCUGUGCCACGAGACGGACUCCCGGCCCGAGGUGGUGAAGUACGUGCACUACCUGUACUUCUCCAUGAUCCUGUCGCUCGUCACCAUCAUCGUCACUGUCGCCGUAAGCCUGGCCACCGAGAAACCGUCUGAAGACCAGAUCAGUGGGCUGACGUGGUCCACGCGGUUUGACAGCGUGAAGAAGAGGCGCGCGAGUGUGGAGGCGGGGAUCUCCGUGGAGCAGAGCCAAUCAAAGCUUCCAGAGGAGGAGCAGAACAGCAGUGGAGAUGCUGACCAAGUGAAGAGGGGCUCCCUUUCCACAGUGGAUGGCAAGGUAGGGGGCGUCUCCCGGCUAAAGUCUGUCUUCCUGUGGGUGUGCGGGAUGGAGCGCGAGGAGACGGGGUCUUGUCCCCAAGCCCCGCCCCUUCCAGUGGAUACCACGUGCUUGCUGGAGGAAGAUCCGAACAUGAGGCACUUCGUCAACGGCAACCUCAUUGUAUGCAUGUCCGUUGCCGUCUUUCUCAUUGGCUACUGGGCCUAGUGGGAGCACUUUGAAACAAUGAUGUCGGAGCACUGAGGAGAAGCCUGGGGACCAGGGCUUGACAUGAAGACCCGCCUAUCGCCAAAUGUGGGUAGAAUUCGGCAGUGGCGUGUAACUCCGUCACUCUAACUAGCAACUUCGGCGGGUGACCUUUCAGUACAUUGUAGUUCACAAAAGGCAUCUGAAAUAAUUAACUCAAUUUGAGCUGAUGCUACAUGAUACUACAAGUCCCAUGAACACUGUGUGCUCAUCUCAUUGGCCCAUUCACUUGCCCCCUCAGUCAAGCUGGGAGUAUGCUUAAUAAGAAAGGGAACUCCGCCGAAACCAAACCACGACAUACGGUGCCACAUACAAAUGUGUGUACACUCACUGCCGCUUCAAACUGUUUGUUUAGUGACACUUCAUGCCAGUGGAAAACACAAGUUCAGAUUCUGUGGUUGUGAUCUGAAAACACGGAAGUUACAACAAUUACAACCAAACACAGAAAACAACAAUGGCUAAUUGAAGGAGCAUAAACUUAGAAAGACGUCCACGAUUUCAAAGUCACUUUAUUUAGCGCUGCAAAAAAACAAGUAGGUUAUUGCAGCACUUGAUUUAACCAGUGGCAUACGGUGCGUGAGCCUACCCUGGUGUUAUAUUUCUACGGCAACAAUGCUGGUAUUUUGUAGCCCUAAUUGCAAUUUAAAAAUAAAGUUAAAAAAAAAUAAAAGUGUAUCUGCACAGCUUCAACGUUGACAUCAUUAAACGAAAAUAAGCAAAUUAGCCUAUUUUCACAUAAUUCUCAAUACCAUCAGAUAUAGCCAGUUCUCCCCAAUUAGGCUAUAGGCAAGUAAUAAAAUCAUUUUUAUUUGCAAUGCAAAAUUCUGAAUAUUUUGUUGACAUGAAUUAAAAUUGUGUAAUGUGAUUGCGUACAUGUAAUCUUCCUUCUCCGCUUAAGGACACUUAAGGAAUAUUCAUGGCAAAGAUCCAUAGUGCACAGAUUUAGUCAUUUAAACCAUCCUGAAGCACAUGUUUUGUUUGUGCUGAACGCUAAUGUGGUAGUUAACAGAGUGGUGUAUAAUUAUUUUUUUUGUUAAGUGUUUGCUAAUUAAUGAUUAAAACAGAUUUUUUUACUCA